AUGAGCGUGGACAGCCCGGAAGCGGACACGGCCAAAUUCCCACACAUAGAUGUGUUUGAUAGCGCACAGGGUAAAGCUGUAGCCAACGACCGUCUACAUCCCGAUAUCGUGCUUGCGGCUACGGGAGGCUUUGCCAGCUUUCUUCCGGACCGGGCAAGCCUCCUUAAACCGCCUAGCUAUCCCAGCUACGCCUACAUUGUGCCAACAAAACAGGCCUCACACAGAGAUGGGAUUGCGUGGAUAAUACUACGGCUACCCGACAGACGUGUUACUUCAUCUGUUCAUACCCCUAGUCGUCACCGGCUUCCCAGCAUCGUUCCACGACAGUCAUAA